AUUCUCUCCAGUGUAUAGACCAAGCUGAUAAGAUGCCAAUUGAAGACUUAGAAGACCGUGUUGUUGUGACACAUCCAUCGGAUCCAAAGACCCAAGUGACCAUUCUCAAAUUUGGUGCAACAGUGAUCUCGUGGACCAUUAAAGGUGAGGAGCAACUUUGGCUCUCCACAGGUGCUUUGCUUGACGGUUCAAAAGCUGUUCGUGGUGGAAUACCUUUGGUCUUCCCAGUGUUCGGUAAGAAGGAGACAGGUCCAACUGCCCAACUACCACAGCACGGGUUUGCAAGAAACUCCACGUGGGAGUUUUUGGGCCAGGUUCGUGAGUCUCCCCUGAGUGUACAAUUUGCUCUAAGUCCUGAACAGGUUGAUCCUGAAUUGUAUUCCAAAUGGGAGAAUUCCAACGAUUUCACGCUGAUUUACACCAUUGCAUUGGAUACAGAAUCACUCGAGACUAAGAUCGAAGUUGAGAAUGUCGAUUCUCACGAGUGGGAGUUCAACUGGCUAUUCCAUACUUAUCUCAAGAUUGAUGACAUCGAGGACAGCAUGGUUUCCAACUUACCUGGAGAGAUCUGUUACGAUCAACUCUUGAAGCAAAGCUACGAGGAGAGAUUGCCAGUGGUGACAUUCCACGAGGAAGUUGACAGAAUUUAUCAACAAGUUCCAGAGAGCAAAUUGAUUCAAGUUGUAUCACUUGGCAACCCUAUCCACACUGUGAAGCGUAUUGGGCUGCCGGACGUUGUUGUGUGGAACCCAUGGGUCAACAAAUCCAAUGGAAUGGCUGAUUUCCAACCAAAGAGCGGGUACAAGAAUAUGGUUUGUAUCGAACCGGGUUAUGUCCACGAGUUCAAGAAGCUAGCACCUGGAGAGAAAUGGAUUGGAGCCCAAGUACUCUACAAAGAUGAGUUAAAAUACCAAGCCAUUUGAGAUUUGUUUCCAGUAUAUACGAGAGAAG